CGGAAAUUACCGACUGCUGUCGUGUUUAUUGGAGCAUAAAUCACCGCUAAUCAUUGGCCAGUAUUUCACGUGUUUUACGAUUCAACGCACCUCGGCGAUUUACGGAAAAAGUUGGAAGAUACUCGGUGUGACGUCACACCCAGUACUCGUUCGAGAAUCGCCAUAUUGGAAACAUUGAAAAAAAAAUAUCGUACAGUAAUUUUUAGAUUUAUUCAGCGUAAUUGGUUGGAUUUAAGCAAUGGGAGGCGCGAGAUGUGUUGUUGGAGGAUGCAGCAAUAAGAGAAGUGAGCGGGUUAGCUUACAUCAAUUCCCUAAGGACACGAACAUUCGACAACAGUGGGUAAGGGCAAUCAAGUGUACAGGUACGAAUGUCUCUAGAGCUGACUGGAAUGGACCUAGUUCUUCAAAAAUCAUCACAAGCACAAUUGGUAUGCUCUGAACAUUUUGAAUUCACGUGCUUUACCCUCACCACUAGGAUGCAUUGGCAGCAGGGAUUACCAUACAAGGCUGCCCUUACUGAUGAAGCGGUGCCUACCCUGUUCGGUCUACAGAUACAGGAGUAUAAGAAAAGGGUAGAGAAUCCAAGUUCUAGAGGAGCCUUCAGAAAACGUGAAUUGGAAAGAAUUAUUGGAGAAUAUGAAGUCACACCAACUGGAAAUGCUGAGCAACCCCUACCAGUCACUGGGCCAGCACUACUUCAGCCCUCCACUGGACAAGUGAAAGAAGCACUUACGAUACAUAGUGAUGCCGAAUUACCUGAGGUUAGUGAAAAUGGGCCAUGUGUCAGUGAGAACAAUCAGGAGUCUGAGGACAGUUUAUCAGUACAGACAGAGAGAGCAAAUCUUCCUAUAAAGACAUCUGAAGAAAACAAGAGUCAGUGCCCACCACAAUGUGCCCAGGAUGAGGCUUCAGACUUGAUCAAGGAGGAUGGUAGAUGUCUUUGUAUAAAGCCAGAAACAACUUCUACUGGGACCCAGGUAAAGCCUGGAACAACAGUUAAGGGAGUUCAAGUCAGUAGAAAAGUUCAAGUCACUAAUGCUGUGAAAGGUAGUGUAUAAUAUUUAGUUAAUCUGUUACUUGUGAAUGUUGAGUUUACCAGUAAGAAACAUCUAUUAAAUUGCCAAUCUUGGUUACACGUUUAACUAUAUGCUUUAGUAAGUUUCCAUGUUAUAUGAGAUAAAUAUGAUAAUUUAUUAAUCUGCAACUGUCAUUGUUCAUCAAUAUUGGCCCAUCAUUGGGGUAACUUAGUUUGAUUAAACAUACUUACUUAAGUUUAAUUGCGAAACUUAUAUUUGUCACUUUCAAUUCCGCUUCCUGGAACCAGCCAGUACUGUUGUCAUAUGAAGGAACAUGGCUGUGACCGGAUUACGGCUUGAAUCUAUGAUCCACUGGUUAAAAAACUAAAGACUGAAGAUUAGGUGGACCCAAAGUCAGACACUAAAGCUGGCUGUUUACUUAGAUCAGUUUUGAAUCAGGUACUAUUGGGUCAGGUAUGCAAGUGGCAAAAAUCACAAUUUAAAGUCUGUUUUCAGUCCAACUGAAACAGGAAACAAUGCCUUUGGACCGUCUUAUGAAUGGCAAAUAAAGUUUUGCUGUUAU